GAGUUUUCUGGGGGAAUUUCCUCAUCUUGAGAGCUAACAUACAUUAUAUAAUUUUGUGCAUAAUAUAAAAAUCCCAUCUCUACUUUCCAACUUCUCAUCUCAUAAGCAGCAUACACACCAAAAAAUCUUUCAUUUUUGAUCACCAAUUUUGGCUGAUUUCUUAGUGCUUUCAUGCUUGCUGAAGGCUUGAAAUGGGAAACAAACAAUCACUACCUUACUCUUUUCAGUAUAAUCGACUUUCAUCUUCUUCCCCCCACUCCGACGACAACAACAACCAACAACAACCUCUUCUUCACAAUCACACGAGCCACGACGAGGAGUGCAUGGAGCAACUGAAGUCUGACAUUGACGCUAAUCGGAAAAAGAAUGAAUCCCUGGAAAAGAGGAAUGCGGCUUUGGAGAGACAAGUUUGCGAGCUAAGAGAUACUAUUUACAAACAACAAUCCAGAGUUCCUCCAAUUGUUGAAACCAACGUUGCUGCUCUCAAUAAUCAAAUUCAUGAAUUGAAGUCUGCCGUGUCCAGACUAGAAUCCAGCUCCCAUCAACCCACUCCCGUGAGCACUAGUACUGGAAUGGGAUCAGAUGCUGUCCUGAAGAAAGAGGUUGAUAGACUGGAACAUCGAGUUAUGCAACUAGAAGUUGACUCUUUGAUGGGUGUUAGGAAACAAGAAAUGGAAAAAAUUGUAGAAAAGAAUGCAGAAUUGGAGAACCGACUUGCACAACUAACAACUACUGUUGAUGAACUCAAGUCUUUAUCUUCUCAUGUAAGUAAAUGGUUAUCUUUGUGCUUGUGUUUGACUAUGAUCCCUCUCUCUUGUUAG